AUGGAAUUGGGAGCGCAUGUAUCGGCUGCGGGUGGAGUGGAUAAGGCGGUAGGGCGCGCAGUGGACAUCGGAGCAGAGGCUAUACAGACAUUUGCUGCUUCCCCGCGUGCGUGGGCUUUUAAGCCGAUUGCCGACGACAAGGCCGCAGCGUACAGGGAAAAGGCGGCAGAGGCGGGCAUAAAGUCAACAUUCCUGCACGGGUCGUAUCUGGUGAACAUCGGGGGCAAGCCCGACCAUGUGGAGAAGUCAAUAGCAUCGCUAACCAACCACAUGGGAGCGGCGGCGCAGAUAGGGGCUCAGGGCGUAAUAUUCCACUCUGGCAGCCACAAAGGCGUGGGAUUCGAUGCUGUGCUGGACCAGGCUGGAGUUGCGCUCAAGCAGGUCCUGGACAAUACCGAUGACAAUGUUCAGCUAAUUAUCGAGAACUGCGCUGGCAUGGGCGCGCAAAUUGGCGCGUCUUUUGCAGAGCUUGGCAGGCUUAUCAAGGCCGUGGACUCGGAUCGCCUCAAGAUAUGCCUCGACACUGAGCAUGCAUUUGCCGCCGGAUACAACAUCGCCGAUCCGCAGGGCGUUGAAAAGGCUAUGGCGGAGUUCGAUGCCGAAAUUGGGCUGGACAGGCUGGUCGUCGUGCAUGCAAACGAUGCCAAAGUUGAGUUCGCGUCAGGCGUUGACCGGCACGAGAACAUAGGCGAGGGCUACAUUGGAAUCGAGGGAUUCGAGACGAUAAUGGCGCAUCCCGCGUUUGCUGAUGUGCCGUUUCUGUUGGAAGUGCCGGGCUUGGACAAGAAAGGUCCUGACAAGCCCAACCUCGACCGUCUCAAAGACAUACGCAAUAGGCUGGCGGAAUCCGAAUAG